UCUGUUAGUUUAGUAUGUUAAAAAAUAUAGGAGGAAUGGUCCAUGAAUUGUUAAAGAAACUAUUUAUUAGCUUGAUGAGCAUGUCCUUUUUUUGUUGAGCACUAACAAAAUUAGAAGUUAGUAAUGCUUUGAGCCAAUUGGAAUCUGUAGGCUUCAACCUCACCUGGGAGAACUUAAGGUCACUGUGGGGCUUGCUUUCAGUUCAGUACUGUAAUUGAGGAUUGCUGGGUAGACCUUUUGGAUUUGAACCAGUUGCCUUUUAGAAAUUGUGAUGCAGCAGGUCUGGCCCUGAAAUCCAGUGACUAUAGGUGGCUUUAGCAAGUAUGACCACAUAAUGACCUUCGGCUCUUAUUUAAUUGGACAAGUUCUUGAUACAGUGCACGCACACCAAACAAUUUAAUCUCUGUUCAUUCAAAUAUAAAGGUUAUAGGUGUAUAUGGUUACAUAAGUAGAAAUGUUAUAACACAUUCAAAAUAUUGAAAAUGGAGUUCCGUUUUUACAAAUUUUUUUAUUACUUGAACUUAUUGAUUAUAAUGUUAGUUUCUCUGCAUUUGCUUCCAAAGAAAAAAAAAAUCUCUGCAGUUUGUGAUUACUUGUGUUACUUAUUGAUUGUCUAAGAUAUAUAUUAUGGCUGGUUAGCUUUUAUAUUUGUUCCACUAGGUGGUUAUUGAUUCAGAUGUUUGUUAAAUAUGGAUCUGAUAUCUGAUCUAUGAAUAUCUAUUAUCUAAUAUCAAGCGGAUCCGACUGCUCUGUGUCCAAAAAUCUCUUUUGGUCUAGCAUCAAGUUUGGAGGUUUCUUAGUACCGUACCUCGUGAUUCCGGUGUUCUUCAUGUCUAUACUAUGCACAGUAUUAAUCAAAACUUAACUUUAAGGAAGAUUUUGGGUUACUGGAGUAUGAAUUCAUGUGUCCAAGAAAUUUAAUGAGCCUGUAUAUACUUCAUGGGAUUCAUCCAAAUCUUUGUCUGAGGUAGAUUUUGAGAACAAACUUUUUCAAUCAGGGUAUUAAUAAUUGAUGUCUUAUCUAAACAAAGAAGCUUUGUGCGUCAUUACAAAUAUGCUCAUUUGUUGAUUGGAUCUCAUAACCAAUCACAUUUUGGAUAUCUGGGUAAUUGAUUGAAAGGUUUCUUCAUAGAUUGGGUUGCGUAGAUACAGUAUGAGUGUAUGCUGUAUUUCACAAUAAAAUUCUUUUAGUUAUUUCAAGAAAACAAAAGAAGAUCUAGUGUUACAGAGCGACAACCAUGUCAACCAAAGAGGUGGCAUUACAUUUGAUGAUCAUGCAUGAAGAGUGUUUGCAAGGAAAAUAUGAAGAAAUCCAAAAGCUAAGGACAUCAUCUAAUGGGUCAAAAGCAGUUUCCAAAGUCGUUAAUGAAGACGAUGAUAGCAAUGAUAAUGAUGAACUGAUCAGCGAGUCAACAGAAAUGCUAGUGGAUGAUCCGAAGGAAAGCAAUACAAUAGAAGUGGAGGAAGGAUGGUGCGUGGUCGCUGGUAAGAAGAGCAAGGCUCGGGGAUGCCGUAAUUCAAAGAAGAUCUCGAGUAAGGUUAUUUGUUAACUGUCUGACGGACCUCUUGAUUUAAUGAGGUUUAAGUAGGUAUUUAUAGCAUAAAUACAAAUUCAUGACAAGUAGAUAGCAUUUACAACAAGGAAGAUCAUCAUGCCAAUUUUAGUCUAAUAAUCACCCAACUUUGAUUAAGUGGAUGGGCAGUGAGAUUGGGAUAAAAAACACAGAUCUAUUGUUUCAUGUUCUGGAUUCUAUUGAAAAAAACUGAAUAUACUUUCUUAAA